AUGGCUCCACCGCCAUCCCCUACCAGUCUCCAGAUCGAAUAUGUCGUAUUUCCACCAUCCGUCAAGCCUCCUGGUGCAACCACCACUUUGUUCCUCGUUGGCGCAAGUGUGAGAGGUAUGGAAAUCGAAGGUAACUUCGUGAAGUUCAUGGGAAUUGGUGUGUAUCUGGAGGAUAAAGCUAUUUCGUCACUUGCCGUUAAGUGGAAUGGGAAAACUGCUGCUGAGUUGACAGAUUACGUUGAGUUCUUCAGAAACAUUAUUACUGGUGUUAUUAAGUGUUUACAAAAAAAAGUAUAA